AUGUACAUCCGUCAGUUUCUAUUCAUCUUCAUAAUUUUUUGUCACUUAAGCAUAAACUCUGUGUUUGGGGAUAGCAACCAAGAAUGUUCAGUCUUUUGGGGGCCGAGUUUAACAGUAAAAGGCAGAUAUUUUUGUCAGAAUACAGGCGGGAAGGCAUACCACUGCUUACCACCACCGAAAGGUCGAGUACCAGUGGCUUUGGCAUCUUGUAUCGUGUACAAAAACUCUCCAUCAUUGGCGGAUGGACCUGACCCUAGAAAGUCACCCAGCAAGAAAGUGUGUAAUGCAUUAAGAAGACACUCUUCCAAAGAUGAGACUUAUAUCAACUGUGGAAUAAUCACAAUUGUGAAUGGCAAGGCUCAGGUUAAAGAGACUUAUCGGUGUGCAAAUCAACUAGGCUAUUUCAAACGUGCGACCGGUUGCAACCCCAUACAAGAUCAAAACAUCAUUUAUGAUGUUGAUUACAAAUUUUCUGAUCCAAAAUGA